AGGAAAGGCAAGAUCGGGAGGCUUUAACGAUUUGAAUAGUUGUACAUCCACUCUUCUUCUCUCUUAUCAUCACACACAUUAAUCAUGCCUGGUGUUUCCGUUAGAGACGUUCCUGCUCAGGACUUCGUCGUUGCCUAUGCUUCUUUCCUCCAGCGUCAGGGAAAGUUGGAGGUCCCUGGUUACGUUGAGUUGGUCAAGACCUCGGCCGGCAAUGAGCUCCCUCCCCAGGACUCCGACAAGUGGUUCUACAUGCGCGCCGCUUCCAUUGCCCGUCACAUCUACCUCCGAAAGUCGGUUGGCACUGGCAAGCUUAACAAGCUGUACGGUGGCACCGUCAACCGUGGCUCGCGACCAUCCCACCACGUCAACGCUUCCGGCUCCGUCAACAGAAAGGUUCUCCAGUCUCUUGAGAAGAUCGGUGUUUUGGAGGAGGGUAAGGCUGGUGGCCGGAAAAUCUCUGAGUCCGGCCAGAGAGAUUUGGACCGAAUUGCUGGUGAGGUCUUCGCCGGCUCUGCGGAAGAUGACGAGUAAAAAAACCGUUGUACAAAUAUAAACAUCUAUUCUAUUGUGUACCUUUUUAUGUUCACGAAAAAGUUCGUUCAUUGGAAGGCUAAUAUAAAAAUUUGAAAACAAUUUCCUGCUGCUGAACAUACUUGACUGCAGCUGGAUUAAGACAACUCUUGCUACUACUACUGCUUACUUAUUCAUUCGAAAAUCAAAGUGUCACUAAUAUUUACGC